UAUAUAUGGUAAGAAGCGGUCAUCACACAGCUGUUGCUGCUGUUUUGUUUCUGCAGGGUGGAAUGUGUUCAAUGUCACCGUGAUAUGGAAGAAGAGCAGACCUGACGGACUCAAACAGCUGGAGGACAUAUUGAUGAUGGGUUUCCAGAACAAAUUCUACAAUGCUAGUAAGAAGAAUCAAGGACAGGGCUCCAAACCAGGUUUGGAUGAAUAUCGUAUCAACGUGUCCAGUGACACACCCCACUGGUAUAUCAGAGACUACAUGGCCAGAGUCAGUAAGCACUAUGACAUCGCUGCCAUUGAAGUUGAUGAUCUGGAUGAGUGUAAGGCUAAGGAGGUGGUGUGUGCCCAACCAGCCCUCUGUGCCAACACUUAUGGAGGCUACAGGUGUGUUUGUAAUGGCACUGAUAUGGAUGAAACCCAGUCCUGUGUAUUAGAGAGAGGUAAGGUGAAUGACAUGGAGCUGGACCUUGUUCUGGGGUUGGUUCUGGGCAUCGGCAUCCCUCUGCUCCUGCUGCUUCUCCUGGCUGCACUGGCCUGCUUCUGCUGCUGCAAGAAGACUGUUACCGGAGACCUCCCACACUUGUUGCCAGACUACAUCCAGGAGCAGUACAACCCUCCGCCCUUCAACUACUCUGACCCUGCCCUGCACUACAUGACCCACUGCAGCCCCCGGAUCAUAGACAACAUCACACCCAGGAGGCAACACCUCAGAUAGCACAUACUAAAACCAUAUAAAUAUACAUGCAUCUGUGCAAAUCACACACACACACACUAAAAGAUGCUAAAACUUGCACGUGAAAAUGUACAGGCUUACAAACACAAUGCAAGCACUUUUUGAGCCACUAAAUAUGUUAUAUAAUGACAAGAUGAAUGACUCUUAUUUAUAUUGUAACAAACAAGUAAUUAAGCCUGAGUGACUUUUAAAGUCAAUUAUUUCCAAUCAUCUCUGCUGAGCGAUGGACCUGCCAAGUGUGAGCUGGAAGUUUUUUCGCCUGGACAACAGUUUACAGUCAGAGUCUGACCCAGCAGAACUCAACAAUCUCUUGGCUAGAGAUGUUGAUGGAAAGUAAACCACUGCAGUGGUCUUUAGCUUCCAGCUGAUACUAGGCCAACAGCAUCCUUGAUAGCAACAUUAGCAUUUGCCAGAAUACCUGGCAUCAAGCCCCUGCCCUCUGUUCACAAUUAUAUUCAGUAUCGAGUUUGUUAUUGCCCUUGUCCAAAAUGUACAGUAAUAUUUGGAAAAUCUGCAUCACUCAUAAUAUCAUUGAUUCAUUUUAUGCAGUUGUGUUAUUAUUUUGCAAACAUUUAAAUCCAAGUCGCUGUUUUCUAAAAGUGUUUAUCUCACUUUGGAAUUAUACAACAACAAAGUUAUUGUUCUUUGCUGGAUUAUCUCCCUGUUACUUUAACACUGCAGAGUUAUUCACUCUUUCAACUGGCAGCUGUCUUUUGUAAAGCUGGACUGUCAAUGCAAGUUAAAACUAUGUGUAAAUAUAAUGUAAAUCAUUAAAAGUGUCACAUUAUGAAUGUUUAUAACAUUAUUCAUUACUACUGUGGUCAUUUAAAGAGGAAAUGACCUUUGUUAUUAAAACAAUCAUGUCGCUUCACUAAU